AUGGGUGAAAAUUCAGAUUGUGGAAAUCUACCUGAAAGCAAUGACGAAAACCCUGACAAGCCUAGACGUCCAAGAAGAAAAUUGUCUAAUGAAGAUAAAACGAUUCCUCCUCCUGUCACAUCAACUGAAGUUAAAAAAGAGCCUAACCCAUCUGGGCAUAGACACGCUUUACAUAACAACAACAAAACUUCUGAUGAAAAUGUGAACGAUAAAUAUAGAGAAGCAGAUAAAAAAGAAAAACAUGUUAUUAUAGGUAAAAGAUCAAAAAAUCCAAAUCCAAGUCCAGGUACAUCAAAUUUAAAUAAAAGCACACUGUUACAAGGAGACUCUCAGAGUUCCGCAAAUAGUGAAAUUUCUAUUGCUAAUGAUCAAAAGAAAAAAUACGAAAAUGAUGAAAACAAAUCAAUGGAUACAUAA